AUGAAUAACCUCAACAAUUCCUUUACUGCCGGUGCCGAUGCUUACGUCAAAGGCAAAUACGCAAUCACGUCUACGGGUGUUGUGCGAAAGGGAACAGGUCGUGCCUUUAGCGUUGUACCCGAGGAACUUGAAUGGGGCGGUCAAGUUAUCGGCCGUGGAGCUAGCGGAUGUGUUUUGAUCUCACGUCACCGACCGACAAACACGCCGUUAGCGCUGAAGAUAAUCAACAUGUACGACAAGACAAAACGCGAGCAACUUAUUCGUGAAAUCAAUGCGCUCUUCGACGCUAAAUGUCCAUGUCUUGUGACCUUUUAUGGCGCAUUUCUUCGUGACGGAGCCGUGGUGCUUGCUCUAGAAUACAUGGACGGCGGCUCUUUAGAAAAUGUCAUUCAUCAACUCGGUACCAUUCCGGAGCACAUUUUGGCCAAUGUGGCAUUCCAGAUUCUCCAUGCGCUAUCAUAUCUGAAAACUAACAAGCGAGUUCACCGCGACAUCAAGCCACCAAAUAUUUUAUUAAACAGCCACGGCCAAGUCAAACUCUCAGAUUUUGGGAUCGCUUCAGAACUUGGCAACUCGAUUGCCAUGUGUGGCACUUUUGUUGGCACUUUUCGCUAUAUGUCCCCCGAACGAAUUCAACACGCGCAGUAUAGCUACAGUUCCGACAUUUGGAGUCUUGGCCUUGUGCUGAUGGAGGCAGCCACCGGUGUUUACCCAUAUCCCAAGCACAAAACUUGCAUUGACAUGCUUCAAAGCGUUUUAGAAGCUCCACCGCCAGCUCUUUCUCCACAAUACUUUUCUCACGACUUCUGCGACUUUCUGCAGCAGUGUCUCCAAAAGAAUCCACUUGACCGAGCGUCAGCUGAUACACUGCUUGAAUCGUCCUGGUUACAACGAUGUGGAGCCAUCAAUCUUGAUAGCGCUGUUACGAAUGUGAGGCAUUGGAUCGAUUCGUUGCAGUAG